AUGGACGUUAAAGAAAUAGAAUUCAAGUCUAAGGCAUUGACGAAGGCUGCGACAUCCGGAGAAACCCCAGCAACAUUGAUAUCAUUGCUUAGGGAGCUACAAAAAGGUGUGCGGCCGACAGAGGACCUCCUGCGCUCCACAAAAAUCGGUAUCAUUGUCAACAAGCUCAAACAGCAUAAGUCACCCGACGUUGCUCGUUUGUCUAGUGAAAUCGUCUCGAAAUGGCGUAGCGAAGUCAACAAGCAAAAGGUCACUGUAGGUGGUUCACCAGCCGCAAGUCAGAGAUCCAGCGAUUCACCCAAGCAGACUCCCAACGGCACUGCGUCACCGGCAUCAACGGGCGCUGCAGCGUCAGAUAGACUGGCCAAAUCUACGGUUCCGCCAGACAAGCGCAGUUGGAAAACAGAUCAGCUUACUAUCACGCACACCCAAAAUAAAUCUCGCGAUAGCUGCAUCGGACUGAUUUACGAUGGUCUUUGCUUACAUUCCACCGAGCCGCCGCGCGUCGUUCUCCAAAAGGCCAUCCAAGUCGAAUUAGCCGCCUACAAUGCCUUCGGCCCAGAAACGAAGGAACAAUAUCGCACCAAGAUGCGCAGUCUGUUCCAGAACUUGAAAAACAAAUCCAACCCGGACCUCCGUGUGCGCGUGCUCUCCAACGAAAUCACGCCAGACAAGUUCGUUCGCAUGACGCAUGACGAACUCAAAUCAGACGCACAACGUGAAGAAGAACGCAGGAUCCACAAGGAAAAUAUGGAUAAAGCUAUGGUUGCGAAGGCGGAACGGAGUAUCAGUACAAGCUUGCAGUGCGGCAAGUGCGGACAGAAGAAGGUCACGUAUACGGAAGCGCAAACGAGGAGUGCAGAUGAGCCUAUGACGUUGUUUUGCACAUGCGUUGUGUGUGGAAAGUCAUGGCGUCAAUAAGAUGAAACCUCUUCUUGAUUGGACACUUGGUUUUGGGCCAAUCGCGCGUCCUUUCCACUCUUCAUUAUUUCUAUUCUUGUGUUCUUUCUUCUUCCCGUUACUUGUAUUUAUUUCCCCAUUAUUUCCCCUAUCCUUCUACUUUUCCAACUUUGCUGCACACUAUUACUCAUCCAGGGGUGGCAUUCAAUUUGCGUCUUCCACUUUCCUGUUCGUUAUUAAAAGGAUCUUGUGUUCAUUUCCUUUCAGCACUUCUUUAAACGGGGUUGUCAUGGUGAAGGGUUUUUAUUCUUGUACUAUUUGGCGUUUCUUGUUUAUUAAACGGGCUGCUGAUGAAAACACAUCAUAUGUUUCCUUUUCUAUUUUCUACCCCACCUU